UUGAUGUAGUAACAUUAUGCUGGACAUCUCAUUCCUAAACAUGAGCAGCACACGGAGCACUUUGAAUCAAGGAGAAGACAGUUGGCCAAUAAGCGGAUGAUUCGUUUGCGUUGUGCAUUUCUCUCCUCCAUUAUAGAUGCGACGAGUGGAAUGAGCUGUUUUACACCUCGGUCGUUUCCAUUACAGUAUGGGAACUGCCGUGUCCAAGAAGAAGAAUUUAAGGAACGAUGCCAUUUCUUCCGUUGCCGCAAAAGUUAGAGCAGCCCGUGCAUUUGGAGAUUGCCUUUCUCACGCGCACCCUGAGAACCGCAACGGAUCAGCCCAUUUGCUAUCUGACACAUUCAUUGGUCAAGACACGGACUCUCCAGACAUCAGCCGACUAAACAACAACGACAGCCUCAAGCCAUACUCCCGUAACACUCUCAUAGUCGAGCCCAGUCAAGAAGAGCUUCAGCCAAGCAGCCAGUCUGCUCCUCUUGCCACAACGUCCAAACGGCGUCUUUCUGUAGAACGCAGUCUCUCUUCUGAGGACCAGAAGCAUCACAGGUGCAUAGAGAACUCUUUGAAACCAGCCCGUGUCUACACUAUUACCAGAGAGGGAGAUAUGCUUGGCGGUCAGGGAAGCGAGGAGAGCUUGGAACUGGAAGUGCUUAAAAGGACCACAGAGCCACAGCGAGCCAACGCUCCACGUGGCAGCCAUCAUCGAGGAAGCCAUCAUGGUGGAAACAGUAGCCACACCCACCAGCAUCACUGCGGCCACGCUCCUCCGACGCAACCGUUGCAGAGCUCAGGGAAUGCGCAUAACAUCCGGGAUUGGGGAUCUAGAAGGAGUAGGUCAAGGGAGGACUGCACCCCAGAUUGCGUGGCCUGCAUUCGGCCACACUGUCAGAGCCAGCGUUCGCUGGACCUGGAGACCUCACCUCAUGAUGGUGGCAAACAUCAUAGGAAGCUUGAGAGGAUGUACAGUGAAGACAGAGUUUCUUCUGAGGACAGAGAGGAUCAUUCCAACAGUUGGUUCCCUAAAGAGAACAUGUUCAGCUUCCAGACUGCGACCACCACGAUGCAAGCAAUAUCGGCAUUUCAUGGAAUUGCAGAGAGAAAGAGGAGGAAAAGAGAGCAAGAAGCCACCGCACUGAUGGAGAGAAACUUCCGGAAGCACCUGAGGAUGGUGGGCAGCAGGCGGGGGAAGGUCCAAACAUUUGCUGAUCGCAAAGCGAAGAGUUUCAGCCGCUCCUGGAGUGACCCCACCCCCGUCAAGCCUGACUCUCUCCAUGACUCCAGAGACAGUGGAGACCUUCAGGCAUCAUCUGGAAACCUAGAUGAAGAAGACUGUGAUGACGUGGACUGGGAGGAAGAGAGGGAGAUGGAAAAAGCAGCAUGCGAGGGCGACGAUUUUAUCCCACCAAAAAUCAUGCUAAUUUCAUCCAAAGUACCAAAGGCAGAGUACGUACCAAACAUCAUCCGGCGGGACGACCCAUCCAUAAUCCCUAUCCUUUACGAUCACGAACAUGCCACCUUCGAUGAUAUACUAGAGGAGAUUGAAAAGAAGCUCACCGCGUACAGAAAAGGCUGCAAAAUCUGGAACAUGCUUAUCUUCUGUCAGGGAGGUCCGGGUCAUCUUUACCUAUUGAAGAAUAAGGUAGCCACAUUUGCAAAGGUGGAGAAGGAGGAGGACAUGAUACAGUUCUGGAAAAGACUUGGCAGAUUGAUGAGUUUAUUAAAUCCAGAGCCCAACCUCAUCCACAUAAUGGGCUGCUAUGUGCUGGGAAAUGCAAAUGGUGAAAAGCUUUUUCAAAACCUCAAGCGACUCAUGAAACCACGAGUCAUUGAAUUUAAUUCUCCUCUGGAGCUAUCAGCACAGGGUAAGGAGAUGAUAGAGAAGUACUUUGACUUCCGCCUGUACCGUCUGUGGAAGAGCCGUCAGCACUCCAAACUUCUCGACUACGAUGACCUUCUGUGACAUUGUGGCAUCGAUUUAAGAAGCCCAAGAGGCCGGUAGCUUACUUUAGGGCCCACGGGCCAACGUUCCCUCCCGAAAGAGCCCAGGCAAUGUCCUGAGGUGGAGGAUGGAGAUGAGCUUGAGGAUGGUGGAUGACGGUCGGAAGAUGUUUCCACCUUCGGAUGUAACGAGGGGGAAGCAGCCAUUACUGUUAGGUGCUGUAUGUUCACCCCGUCUGAGUACAAGAGGAACAUUCGCUAGAUAACUCAAUCUUAUCUUUUAGCCUUUGUAAAGGUAUGGACAAUGUUCUUCGGUUUCUAUGCGAAAGGCAAAGAGGAUGGAAAAAUGUGACAUUUUUUAGGAAACAUUCGUGAUUAGUUGUGUUUGUGGUAAACUAACAGGGACAGUCAUUAAGACAUUUUCUAAACAAGACUAGAUUUUACAUAUUACAAUUACAGGUAAACUGUGGAACUACACUUACUUAUCCACUCUAUAGAAUAACUACUGUCCUUUACAUUUCCGCGUAAAAUUAUUGCACAGUUUAAUUUUUUUAAUGAUUACGGCGUUUUUCUGGGAUUCUUGAGAGGGAGGAAAAACUCAGGUUUCAUUUUAUUUCUGACUUGCGUCAAGAGACCGUUGAUCAGUCAGAAUGAUUGAGUUUCCUGAGCUGGGAUGAAAUAACACUCAUGACUGAUUGAGUAAGUUUGGUUGUUUUAGAUUUCUAUAGAUUUAGUUUGCAGGUCUAUUGUCAACGUUUCCACGUAUUAAUUGUGUAAUCACGUUUCAUGUUAAGGCAUGUGUAGACAGAGCUCAUUAUAGAUACAUUUUGUCUUGUGGUGUCUUUUACCAUUUACCGUCGGUGGACAUCUUUCAAUUUUGUAGUAUCUUAAACAAACAUUGAAAUAGAUGUUUUUGCUAAUUUAUUUAAAAAUAGACAACAGUGGACGCUGAAUUUCUCACAGAUUGCGUCGAGUUUGUUUUGCAUUCCUCUGGUUGUGUUUUGUCACAUGAAUUUAUGUAUUUGUCACAAGCUGUUCUUAGGUCUUCAAUAUCGCAGGCGUCCCGGGUUUUGUGGUAUUUUCUCUGUAGCUGGAGGAGAUGUAUACCUAUUUACAUCUCAUAAGUUAAAGCGUAAUUGUAUCUGCUAUAUUUCUUUUUGCAUAGUAGUACUAAAUGUGAUAUAUGAGGACUAAAAUAGAUCUAAUGGUUAGCUUUUCACACUUACUGUUUACUUUACAAAGAGUAUAUAAGAUAGUACACUUAGACUCUGAAGUUGUACUCUGGGGAGGAAAAUGUUCUCUUAACUCUCGAGUUGGUGCGUGGGUGUUUUUUGGACGCACCAGAGAGAUAACAAGAUAGAUUGGUUGAUAGUUGUUCUUUAAUGGUCACUAGCAGCUGUUACAAAAAUGGUCCAAGGCAUUAGAAUGCUGGCAGAUAUAAAAUCUGCAGUGUGGUUACUGCAUUGCAAUAUGUAUUGGCAGAGGUUUUCAGUAGUCCUUUAGGACCACAAACAGGCUUUAUGUGGCCUUGAGUUGUUGAUGUGCAGAAUUACAUGAACAUGUAUGUGGUGCUUGUACCUGUGUUUGUGAGUGUGGCUUUUUAAGUUUAUUGAUGUGGAAAAGGGCACUGAGAUGUGAUUUCAUGCAUCUGUGUUUUCCUUGUGUUGAGUCACGAAUUUUUCAUCUCGUGCAGCCACCCAGAAAUUCAAAUAAAGCACAAAGGCACAUCUAUGUACUUGAAGGUCCAUCAGAGUAGCGGAGUGUGUUCUCUUGAGAUAUAAUCAAAACAAUCCAACCAAUCCUUUACUGAGGAAAUCUCAGCAAAUUGCAUAUGUAAUACAAAACCUUCGUGUUUUGCCUUUGGCUCAUUUAGAUUUAUGUAAUCUUUUCUACGCUAUUUCUACCGAAGCCAUCGAAUGCCAUUAUUAUGUCAAAAAAGAUAAAUAUACAGCCGCAGAAAAAUUAAGAGAACAUUUUAAAUUUAUUUUCAGUUUUUGUUUCAUUCUGUGAACUGCUAACAGUAUUUUUUCCCAAAUUUUAAAUUAAACACAUGUUUCUAUUUGCAUUUAUUUGCAGAAAAUGAAAACUGGAGAAACGGGUCAAAAUAACAGAUUUUUUUUGUAUUUAUUCAGAUCUCAAAACUGCAAACAAAGUUCACUUUUAAGCAAUACAACAGUCAUAUUUCUACAUACAUUUGCGAAAAGUUCCAAAAAAUGUUUUUAUGUGAUGACCUCAAUUUUAUCAAAGUUUCCUAUGUCUUGUCAUGCUGUCAGUCUUUCACAUUGCUGUUGAAUGACUUUAUGUCACUCAUGAUGUUUGACUAGACUGAAAUGACCACAAUACAUCUAGAAGCGCUCUCUCUGUUAAUUCUCUUAAUUUUUUGUGGCGGUAUGUAUUUAUAUUUAAUAUUUAAUAUUGUCAGAGUAAUAAAACAUAGACUUUUAUUUGUAAGGUUACUUAUUGUGUGGUGUCUCAGAUUAAGGGCACUGAAUAAGAAAUAUGUUAAAUACUCAGUUUGAGGUUCUGUGAAAGAUCUAUGAACUCCACCACCACCACUUGCAAUAUGAGAUUUAGUGUGACCUAUGGCCUUGUGUUGAGUUUAUCAUGUAGGCAUGUCUAAAACCUUUGAGAGUAACUUUCCUUAUUCAAUUUAGCAUAUGUGUGGGGGUCUGAAAGUAAUGAAAGCAGAAUAUAAUGGAAAGCUCAGCUCAGCACUUUACUCUGAGGUUACUCCAUUUAAAAUCGCACGUGUGUUUCGUUCAUAAUACAUCCAUCUUGAACGAUUUUGUAGCAAUAGUAACCUUAACCGUAUUGUUUCUAGGUAAGACUGUACUUGUAUUGUUGUCUGAAUUUUUGGAUGCUGUUCAUGUUUUCAACAGCCUCUAUUUUAUUUUAGCCACAAAUGCUGGCUACAUACACCCUUAUAAUCCCAUUAUAAUAGGAUUUUGCAAUAUUGUGAUACACUUUACCUCAUGUAAACGCAAUCAUUCAAUCAAAAUAAUGUGAUUAAGCUCAUAAUUGCAGUAAGCAUAGUUGAAGUAACAUUGGUGGCACAAACCAAUUUUAAUCGCAUUAUGCAUGUUAACACCUUAAUCGCAUUUAUGCUUUUCUGACCAAGGCACACAUGUGCUUCUGUCAUGCAUCGUAAGUGCAAAUUCAUGGUAAACAUGACAGUAUAAUUUUUUCCGAUCUACACAACUUGCAUUCAGCAGUCUGUCCUCCCUAUCUUCAUACAGAAACAGGCCGAAUACGAUGACAGCGUAUACAAAUGCUGCAGAGGCAUUUUCAUCAUGUCUAUAUAUUUAUCACAGCACCAAAUAACUAUGAAACAAAUCCAGAUGAAGGCAUUUAGCAUUUGAAUCAAAUAUAUUAAAGGAUAGCCAGUAACACACCUACUGUACCCGAGAGCAUUAUUUGUGCUGUGUAUUAUAGCAAAUAUACAGACUCAUAAAACUUUCAUGUAAAUGGGAGUAAAGAGGAAUUCUCAUGUCAUGUAAACAUGUUUAUUUAUUGGAUUAUUUGACAUAAUCGCAUUAUUGGUGCGCAUGUAAACAUAGUCAUUGUUAUCUGAAAGCUACAGUCAGGGUUUGUCUCACUUUAUUGAUGAUUCCCAUAUGAAACAAUAAAAUAAUUUGUGAAUUAUGAUGUUAUGUUAUUACAGUAAUAUUGAUAUGAAUAAUUUCUAAACUUUAAUAUGAAUAUAGUGUUGACAGACAUAACAUGAAUAAUGGAAACAUACAUAGCCAAUACUUGAAGGGUUUGUCGAUGUGUUGAAAUGAAAGGGAUGUCCGCAAAUGGUACUCUCUGGUUUAAUGUGAUACCUGGUUCAGGGACAGAAAAUACUUCAAGGAGACAUUUUUUAAUGGCUGGACCAUGUUAGACUAACUGAAAAUGUAAAAUCUUUUAUCUCAGCAUUUCAAAGCAGAACAAAAUUAUUUAACUUUUUCCUUCUCCUGCUGCUCUAAGGUGACGUCCUGGUGUUUGAUGUGAUGUUGUUGAGUAGAUUAAGUGUGGAAUGAUUGACAGCAUCAUGAUUGCACAGUUGGACACUUCGGCGCAUUAUGUUUUUAGUAGAAAUGUUUUUACAAAGGACGUGCUAUGUCUCUCUUAUAUUCUCUAGUGUGAGUCUUAUCACUAUUCUAAGCAUCUUCAGUAGCAAUGAUAAUAGUCUCUACCUAGAAAGAUACAAUAUCUGGAAAGUGUUGAAAAUUGAUGACUGUAACAUGUUCUCUUAAUGUGGCUAAAUUGCCAAAUAUUUCAAGUGUCUAGUUCAACAGUGAUUUCUUGAGGAAACUAGCUCAUCUUGUUAUUUUUGCUACUUUAACACUGGAUGUAAAAGUUUCUUACUCCUUAUUAGCACAGUAUUUGCAUAAAUUGUAUUCAGGAAGUAGUUUGCUGUAAAACUGUUCUUUUUUUGAAAAGGUUGUUUUUCAUUGUGCAACCUCUUCACAGCAAUGAAAAUGUUUCCUAAUCAGUUUUACAGUAAA